AAACCGAGCGCUGCACACAACGGCAGCAGCUAGGCGACCUCAACAGUUACGCCAAAGAAGACUAGUAGAGCAGCGGACAAGACGCACUCACAGGCAGGGGAGCCGAGCAAUAUUAUAGCAAUCAACCGCCAAUUCUCGCCGCAGCGGUAGACAGGACUGACUACAAGUGGGCCCCCGGAACGACACCAGGAAACCAACAAGCAAGCGAACAUGGUGGACAAGAAAGCGGUGUCCAUCAUGGUGCCCUCCAAGGACCCCAAGAAGAAGGACGGCGACGACAAGGACGGCGGCGACAAGAAGAAGGAGGGGGGGGUAACCACCACCUUGGAUGGCGUUAGCGGUGACGGCGGGAAGAAGACAAAGAAGACGGCGAAGGGAGGAAGCAAGGGCGUCCUGGAGCCCGAGGAGCUCAGCGAGGAGGACAAGGCCCUGAAGGAUGGCCUGGAGCUAGCGGUCAUGCGGGUUGGCGACAAAGAACCCGGGAUAGUCCGCAACGCCCUGAGGCACCUCUCGUCGGAGAUCCGCUCGGCGACGACGAGCAUGACCAGCGUGCCCAAGCCGCUCAAGUUUCUCCGCCCACACUACGCGCAGCUGAAGAAAUCCUACGAGAGCUGGCCGGCCGCCACCGGUCCGCAGCCGGUGGCGACCCCGCUGGUGAAACAGCCGGCGACCGCGGCUGCUGGCGCGGAAGAGAAGAUGGUGGAGGUGGAGCAGGAUGAGGGAGAGGCGACGCCCGAGGGCAACAAGCGUGCAUUGGCGGAUAUCUUGUCGGUGUUGGCCAUGACGAUGGCGGACCCCGGCAGUCGGGUCAGCCUGAAGUACAAGCUCGAGGGGACCAAGGGGGACCUAGGUCGCUGGGGGCACGAGUUCCUCCGCUCCUUGGCCGGGGAGAUCGGGCAGGAGUACUCGGCGAGGCGGAUAGGCGCCGUCACGGAAGGUGCGGACGGGGAAGGGGACGAGGAGAUGGCGGAUGCGGCCGGGGCGGAAGCGGACGUGUCGGACCUGAUUGCGCUAGUGGACGACAUCGUGCCGUUCCACCUGCAGCACAACGCGGAGGCGGAGGCGGUCGACCUCUUGGUCGAAGUGCAGCGCUUGAAAAAGCUGCUAGACCUGCCAUAUGUAGACGACAAGAACUACGAGCGCGUGUGCCUGUACCUGCUGAGGAUGGCGGACUACAUGUCGGACCCAGACGACCUGAUGGAAAUGAUGACAACCGCGUUCGAGCUGUACCGCAUGCGGGGCAAGUACUGCGACGCGGUUCGGGUGGCUUUGAGGAUGGACGACAGCGACCUCCUGGCGCAGCUGCUAGCCGAGUGCGAAGACAAGGGCAUGACGCAGCAGAUGAGCUUCAUAAUGGCGCGCCACCGUGCUUCCUACGAGCACCCCGACGACGAUGAGGUGAACGAGAUCAUCGGGAACGGCAGCCUGUCGGAGCACUACCUCGCCCUCGCUAGAGACCUUGACGUCAUGGAGGCCAAGACACCGGAGGACAUCUAUAAGAGCCACCUCGCAGAGUCAGGAGGUGUGUCUCGGCGGAGGGAUGGGGGGGCACAGCAGGUGGAUUCCGCCCGGGCUAACCUGGCGUCGACGUUCGUGAACGCCUUCGUCAACGCCGGAUACGGUCAGGACCAGCUCAUGACGACGGAGGGCAACGCCUGGCUGUACAAGAACAAGGACCACGGAAUGAUGAGCGCGGCCGCGUCUCUCGGCACGAUCCUGCUGUGGAACGUCGAGGAGGGUCUCAUGCAGGCGCAUCGACAAGUUCUUCCACUCAAACGAGGACUACAUCAAGGCCGGAGCUGUGCUUGCCGUCGGUAUCGUCAGCAGAUAAGCGGGGUGCGCAACGAGAGCGACCCCGCCCUCGCCCUCCUCGCCGACCACGUCGAGUCGCCCUCCCACGCCAUGCGGUGCGGCGCCUGCGUCGGCCUUGGCGUGGCCUACGCGGGGGCCCGGCGGGAGGACGUGGUGGAGCUGCUGACCCCCCUGGUGGCCAACACCGAGAACGCCAACAUGGUGGAGGUCGGGCUUGCCGCUCUGUCCCUGGGCAUGAUCUUUGUUGGGACGUGCAAUGAGGAGGUUGGCUCGGUCCUGGUGCAGCGGCUUAUGGAGAGCAGCGACACGGAACUGGAGCAGCCCAUGGCGAGGCUGGUCUCGUUGGGGCUCGGGCUGCUGUUCAUCGGGAAGAACGAGCAGGCGGAUGCCAUGAUGGAGAUCGUCAAGACCAUCGAGCACCGCAUGGGGCGGUACACUCAGGUCGUGCUUGACACGUGCGCCUACGCUGGCACCGGGAACGUGCUAAAGGUGCAGGAGAUGCUCCACCUUUGUGCGGAGCACCUCGACGAGAAGGCGGAGCACCAGGCGGCUGCGGUGUUGGGUAUCUCCCUGGUGACUCUCGGUGACGACAUCGGGUCCGAGAUGGCCCUCCGCACGUUCGAUCACCUGCUGCACUACGGGGAGCUUCCCAUUCGACGGGUCGUUCCCCUGGCGCUAGCGCUGCUGAACAUCAGUCACCCUGACAUGCCGGUGAUCGACCAGCUGUCGAGGUUGACCCACGAUGCCGACACCGACGUGGCGCAGUCCGCCAUUAUGGCGUUGGGGUUGGUCUCGGCGGGUACGAACAACUCUCGAGUGGCGCAGCUCCUGCGACAACUGAGUGAGUUCUACGCCCGUGAGGCGUCCCACCUCUUCGUCACGCGCAUCGCGCAGGGGCUCAACCACAUGGGCAAGGGGCUCAUGUCGCUGCACCCCUUCCACUCGGACCGGGGGAUCCUCAACCCGGCCGGCCUUGCCGGGGUGCUGACGGUGCUUCACCUGUGCAUGGACCUCAAGAACACUCUCCUCGGCAAGUGCCAUUACAUGCUCUUCUACAUCACGGCGGCGAUGAACCCGCGCAUGCUCAUGACGGUGGACUCGGACUUGAAGCCGCUGCCGGUGAACGUGCGCGUGGGGCAAGCGGUGGAGACGGUGGGGCAGGCCGGGAAGCCCAAGACCAUCACGGGGUUCCAGACCCACACCACACCCGUGCUGCUUGGCGUACGAGACCGCGCGGAGUUGGCCACAAACGAGUGGAUUCCCUCAUCGAACGUGCUGGAGGGUGUGGUCAUCCUCACAAGGAACCCAGAAUUGGACGACCCUCCGGCAGCAGCAGCACCAGCAGCAGAAGGAGGAGUGGGGAAGGAGGAAAGCAAGGGCGCAACAGAUUAAGGGGGGGGAGAGAUAGAUUAUGGCUCUCGUCACCCCUCCCCUCUGAACGCUUCGCCGUCUCUUGCCAGGCGGAGGAGCUGGACACGGCUUUGUCGUUGCAGGGUACACAUCAUCUUGUAGUCGCAUAGGUGUUGCGGGUGGUGGUGUCCUGCUUGGCCGAGACGGGCUCUGCGUUGGUCCCUCCGCCCUCCCAGCGCUGCGUGUCCUUCCACGGAGAAGUGGUGGGCGCGGGAAGGGGUUCUACCGCGAUGAUAUGAAAUCACUAUUCUGGUCGUCUGAAACACGACGGUCGGCUAUGUAGCUCGCAUGAUGUUUUUUGCUGUUGUGUGGGAAGCAUUCGCUUACGCAGGGAAGAGGGAGGGGGGGCGAGGGCGCUUCGCGGAACGGUCGGCCGUGUCCUUGUAGGUACCCGGCAGAUGAUAGUAGCGUUGUAGCAGCGCUGGUUGUGGAUUAUGAAGUUACGCAGUCGCAGGUUCAAUCGUGUUUGUUUUGUUGUGGUCGCUGGUCAACGAGCUGCUAGAUUUUUCCAUUGACGGCAUCGUGGCGGUGGCUCCACAUUGUGCGUAGCCGCACACACGCCCCUUUGCGGCAAUCAAGACCCAUGCCUUCCCAGUCGCACCUUCGCUCAUCGCACGUGCGUGUUUUUAUUUUUCGCACUUGUGUGUGUGUGUGUGUGUGUGUUGGCGUCUGUUGGCGGCGUCGACGGGCUGGGGAGGGGUGCGCUUGGGCACAGCAGUAAUGUGCUCAUGCCUGAUGGUGCCGCCAGGGCAUCGAUGUGCCCAGGAUGCGCGUGCCGUUUUGACGGUUGUGCCUGGCUUGUCGGCAACGGCGGGCGAGAGGAUGGUGGUGGCGUCUCGCCAAGCGACACUCCUUCGAUACACCCAAGUGUCAAGUCAGUAAAACGCGUACCUGCAGCCAUGCAAAAAUCCUUUCGCUGUAGUAAGCACAAGGGCGACCGAAAGCUAUCGUCAGCGGGUGUGCCACCAACGCCUCUGUCCCGGCAACGCGGCGACGAGAGAAGAAAGCGUGGGAGGCGGGGCACCAAUGCUGCCGUUGUUCGCCCCUGCUUGACUCGAUCCUACAUGAACGCCGGCACGACUAGCGUCAUCACUCCACGACAAGAGAGGUUACCGGCGUUUUGAGGUCCGCGGUGGAUUCGCCUCGACAGACACAGGACGACCGUGAUGAUAUUUUCCACCCCCUAGUUGUGUACGUGCUCAAAAGGGCAAGAGGGGCGUAACUUAACAUCGUCAAAUUUCAAUAUUUUUUCCCCCUAG